CUCCAUUUGGAGAAAUCAAUGAUAAAUAAAAAACUAAAAGAACGGAAAAAAAGUAAUUGCGAAUUUAAAUAUUAUUUAAUUUAAUUUAAGUUUUUUUCUUAAGUAUUAACUAAUUGGAAGAAAGAUUCUCCGAUAUAAGAGUGGUGUACUAUUGCCGUAUGGUAAGCAUUUCGAGUAUAAAAGCCGCUUCUGCCGAUUGCGCGCUUAGUUUCACUUCACGUUAACCAAUUGUGAAACAACACACUACUGACCAUUUGCAUCGACAUCAGGAAAUUAUAUUUUUUAUUGAAUAAUUGUUAGUCAGUUAAAUUGACUUUAUUGAUAUAUGCAAUUAUAUAUCGGUUUAUCUAUUUCUAGAAUUCAACAUUAAAUCAAUAUGGAAAUUCGUUUCAUGCUAUUAGCAAUAUUAUUCGUUGUGGAAAUAAUUAUGGCAUUUCCACAAAAAGAUGGUCAAAUUUUUAGUAAUGAGGCUAUAAAACAAGCACAGAAUACUUAUCUUAUUCCAAAAGAUGCGACAAUACAAAAAGUUCAAGAAGGUAUUGAACUGGCAGCUUAUGAGUCAAUUCCUGGAGAGCAGAAGAUCAAUCUUUUUGAAAUUUUGGGAGCACAUGUUCCAUCGGAAGUGGUGAACAAUCUCCAAGCCCAGAUUGACCAAAUAGGACGAAAUUAAAUUCGCUUGCUCUUUUCCAUUGCUAUCGUCGUUUCCUUGUAAAAAAUUUUUUUACUUAAAUUUAAGUUUUAUAACAAUUAUUUAUAAAAUGAUACGAUGUAUUUAGACUUUUCCAUUUUUGAUAAAUAAAUGAUUAAAAAUACUAUAA